AGCCUCCAGGCUCAGGAGCAGCAGCACACACACCCCGCCGCGUCGCCUGCCCCCCGCUCGGGCUGGCCCGGGGGCGCCUCUGCCUGCGCCGGCCGCGCUCUGCUCCGCCCGCCCGCCCAGGGAGCGCAGGCCCCGGCCGGCAGCAUCCUCCUCCUCCUCCUCCUCGGCCCGGCCGGGCCCGGCAGCGCCUCCCGCUGCCGCCAUGCAUUGUGGGGCGGCGGCAGCGGCAGCGGCGGCGGCAGAUCCAAGAUGGCGGCCAGCAGGAGGCUGAUGAAGGAGCUUGAAGAAAUCCGCAAAUGUGGAAUGAAGAACUUUCGUAAUAUCCAAGUUGAUGAAGCAAACUUAUUGACUUGGCAAGGGCUUAUUGUACCCGACAAUCCUCCGUAUGACAAAGGUGCGUUCAGAAUCGAAAUCAACUUCCCAGCAGAGUAUCCGUUCAAACCUCCUAAGAUUACAUUUAAAACAAAGAUCUAUCAUCCUAACAUUGAUGAAAAGGGGCAGGUCUGUCUGCCGGUAAUUAGUGCUGAAAACUGGAAGCCCGCCACCAAAACUGAUCAAGUAAUCCAGUCCCUCAUAGCACUGGUGAACGACCCCCAGCCCGAGCACCCACUCCGGGCCGACCUAGCCGAAGAAUACUCUAAGGACCGUAAAAAAUUCUGUAAGAACGCGGAAGAGUUUACAAAGAAAUAUGGUGAAAAGCGACCAGUGGACUAAAAAACCCUGACAGAGUUGAUGUCAGCAAUGUGUGAUAGAAGAUCUGGAGCAGUGCAUUUCAGACACCCCACCAAGCAGGACUCUCUGGAAAAAUUGACAAGUGCCCCUCUCCGUGUUACCUUGUGGCUGUUACUAACUUUCUACAGUUUCUUAAUCAAAAGUGGGCUAGGUGACCUGUAAAGAAAGGAUUAAAAACUUAAGAUGUUCUAGUUCUGCUCUCUUUGUUUAAAAUCACUGCUUCAAUAUACUUUAAAGGAUGCUGGUGUUUUUUUUUCCUUUUCUUUUUUGUCAGAAUUUAUCAAAAAUAUCUUAGACUUUAUAAUCUGCCCUUAAGAGUUCAAAAGGUUGUGGCUGUUUCUUAUUUCCCUUGCAGGUCCUGCUCCCACCCACCCCCCUUUUUUCUCUCUCCUCUCUUCUCCCCACAAACAAACACCAUCACACCGAUGUCUUAGCAAAAUUAUAUUGUUGUCCUGGCAAAAACAAAAAGAGUUGAAUGUCACUUUGCUUCCUCUUUUUCCUCUCUUAAAUGUUGCACCGUGCUUUAUGGAAGUUGGUCCCAAGUUUCUCUUAACUUCAGUUUGUAACAUAAUGAAUCCACCACGUGUAACUCCGCUAAAUAAUCAGAACCGAGCCCAGAUCUUAUGUAAAUCUGGCUGAUGUUACCACAAUAAUGUUUAUUAAAUGGGGAACUCCAAGCUUUUUUUUGUGUGCAUGAAUGAAUUACAAUACGGCUUAUGUCCUGUUUCUGGGAAGUUUUUGACACGGGAUUUUCUGUAGUGAAAGAAUAGUGGAAUGUGAUUUUUUUUAAAAAAAAACUUUUUUUUCACUUUUAUUCUUAAUAUCUAUGCAGACGAUAUAGGAGAAAUAAUUACUCAGAACAGUGUUGCAAACUGGUUUGGGAGAAUUUCAAAUUAGGGACCAAAAGGUGCCAGAGCAGAAAAACUCAACUCCCCCCAUCCCAGCCCCUUUUGGGGGCACAUUUAAAGAAAUAACCCUUCCUAAAUGUUAUUUUUGAAGUUAAAUUGCUAGCCAUCUGAAUAUACAUUUUCAGCAUAUUACCUCUCUGCUGUGGAGUGGCAUGCUUCCCUUCCCCUAAUAAUGGAUUGUCUGAUUCUGUUCUUUAAAAAGGAAAGGAAUUACUAUUAAGCAAUAAGAAGCCAUUAGUCCACUGCAACAACCAGUAUGAAUCUUUUAAUUCCAGGCAUUUCUGCUUGAAUAAAGCAACAUUUGUUUCCUAAUUAAGAGUGGAGAACAACCGUAUCAAUUUUAAUAUUUUAAGUUUUGGAUACCACCCCCAAAAAGUCUAACUGUGUGACCAAAGGCGACUUCCCGGCCACUAAACUUCCAUGCCUGGUUAAAGAAAGGAUCUGGCCCCAUCCCUGUGAAAUCUUGGAAAAGAAUAGGAAGACAUAUCACUUAACUUUGCAAGCAUUUGCAGAAGCAAGUCCCUUCACACCUAAGGGGUGAUUGUAAGGAGUUUGGGAAUAGUUUCUGCAACAUUUCAGGGCAGUGGAGUAACCUUUUGGGUUUUAAUGUUUUGUAUAUAUCCUCUCUCCCUUCUUCCCUACUCUAACUUUGAUUUAAAAUCGUGGAAGAUUGGCAGCCAAGUACUUCUGUUGAACCGUAAGUUUGUUUUUUUUUCUUUCUUAUAAGUUGGGGUAUGAAGCAUCUCUGUUUUAAGUGUUCUUAGACAACCUUUUUGGUAGGCAAUUAAAAGUUUAAAAACAAAACAAAAAAAAAACUACCUUUACUUAACGGACACUUGCAUUUCUUAAGUGUGUGUGUUCAGGCUUGGUGACCAGCACUGUCGUCUACCAAAAUUUCCACAAUUUUUUGUGUCUUCAUUUGCAGAAAGUUGGUACUGACUUUGUUUCAUUCACGCUCACGCAGAUUCAAAAUAAACAAAAAAUGCCAAAUUUAUCUGUCAAACUGAAGUGUAUGUAACUCCUGCAACGCAUCACCUCCCAACGGGCCCCGUGUUCAUCUUUCACCUGUUGGUUGCAUCUGUCAGCAUAGUUGCCUCUUGUUCUGUACACUCCGCUAUGCCAUUUCUCUGUCACCCCGUGUUACUUUGAUCGUGAGAAAUCUCUAUAUCGUUGAUCUUUUCAACUGUAAACCUCUCAGGUCAAACUGCAUAUAUGUGAACUGGUGCUCUCAAAAGGGAACCGAGGCACUUGGGCAAUUCAAGGAACACCCAUCUGUGCCAUGCUGAUGCUUCUCCUUUGCACCUGCCACUGAAGGGGAGGGAAACUGAGCUUUUGUCCGGAAAUUGUGGGCCAACACCAAAUCCGUUUCGAUUUUAGGGGCUGGCUCGCACAUUUCGAAUUUUCUCCAAGUGAUGUAUCUGGGCCGGUGCCACGUUCUGUUCACGAAAGAGGAGGCCCAGACCCUCCAGAGACACAGCCAUGGGGGCUGUUCACGUGACUGUUAAUGUGAUAGGACCCAGCUUUGGAAGCGGCUUGUGCUUCCGAUUUCCGGUGGUGUGCUAGCAAAUAUGAGAGUGGGGUGGGGUCACCUGUGAGAUGGGAGUGGGUUAGGACAGCUGCUUUUCCUGCCUCGUUCCACUGCUGGGUAGGAUAGCACCAUCCUGCCUAGGUUUUUGCUAGCACACAAUCGAAAACCAGGCAUGUACGCAGCUCCUAAAGCUGGGCAUGAUGCUUGCCAUACUCCAUUGACAGCCAUGCGAACAGCCCUACAGUUCCUCGAACCGGACCAUGGCCGUAUCACUAGAGAGGCCAGACGAGACGAAGGUGUUUCCACACCACGAGUGCCGGGCAUCACAUGAAGGCGAUUCAAAAACCUGAUCAAGUCCUGUGCCUCUGCCUCUGGUUGAGGUAUCUGUUUACCCUCAGAGGUGGUCCUGCAAAAUCCCACCGAGGCGAGAGUUUUCAGAGCUGCGAGAAUCAUGAGCAGGACAGGCCCAGGACAGGCAGUGGGGGAAAUGGAGGCGAGAAAGAACUCGAAAGCAAUUGGGGUGUGUCUGUGUGCUCAUCUUUGAAUGAACGCUCUUGAGAGGUGGACUUCUGUGCAGUUGCGCCUGAGGCGCAUGUUCCUGAGCUAGCUUUCCAACCACUCGCAGGUUGCUUGCCACCAUCUUGUGGUGUGAUCGGAAGUCAGUCUUGGAGCCAUGUAGUACAUUGAGGCGAAUGCCUGCUUCCAGAGAAUGCUGCAUGUAUUGAAACAUGGGGUCGUCUUAGUCCUGGAUGUUGAAUCCACUUAGAUCAGUGGCUCCCAACUUAGGGCUCUCCAGAGGUUGCUGAACUACAACUCCCAUCAUCCCAUCAGUUUAUUGUGGCUGGGGAUGAUGGGAGUUGUAGUUCAACAACCCCUGUUGGGAACCACAGACUUAAGGCAGUUUUGGGGGUAUUCACUUGUAUGUACGCUAUGAGGAGCAGAAGUCUACCUGUCCAAGGCCCAUUCGAUUCCUUUCAUGCACAGAGGUUGGAGUUGGGGGGUGGGUGGGCAGUGUUGCCCCCUAGGGAAGUAUAAUUGAGGCAUGUAUGAACGCGCAGUAACAAUGUCAACUCAGGCGCUCGGACUUCUCUUUCUCUUUCGGUUCUGCCUGGUUCCCUAAGCAACGCUGAAUCCUAAACGUGUCGUUUCGGAGAUCCGAGUCUAUACGCCACCUUACUUGUACUGGUAUAGGCUUUUCUUGCAAAUCCAUUCUGCUACCCUAAAUAAAAAUGCUCUCAAAGGC